AACGUUUUCAGUGGAGUCUUUGCACUUCUACAUGUGCGUGUGUGUUAACGUCACGUCAUAUGGUUUUUUAAAUGUUAAUUUGGUUUCUGUGGUGGGUUCUUAGUUUUCUUGGUCUGGGUCUUUACCAGUGUCUUUACUUCGUUUAUUAUACUACAGACUACGGGUUUAGAUUCAGUCGCAUUUAGUCGUGAGUCAGUGAGGUUUGUUAUAUUUUGUGAUAUUGUUUGGUGCGACUUUUGACUUUCUUUUGGUUUAAUAAAUUAUUUUAUGUAUAAAUAUAAAGAUUAUUUUUUUAUUUUAUAUAUUUAUAUCACUUGUUUCAAAUUUUAUUACUGAAACUUUUGAAAUAAAUAUUAAAUAAUGAUAAUUACUGAUUCGUUCCGUCGAAGAGUUGACGUCAAACUAGUGCCUUAAAAAAAAUAAUAAUAAUUAAGUAGGAAGUAAUUAGAUUACAAGAGAAUAACUGGACUGUACCCGUUUACUCAUAAUUUUAAUUUCGAUGACAAAAUUUAUUAAGUGAUCAGACGUUUCACACUCAUCUUCCUUUUACUUAAUUUUUUUUUUAAAUAUCAGUAUUUUAAACUUGGCUGUGAAAAUAUAUUAAUUACAACAAUGGAUCCAUACUCAUUAAGUGUUGAACGUGAGGCCUCGAAAAAUAUUGAAGAGAAUGAAAGAGAGUGCUUCAAGGAUGCUAUUGUAUCCAGUAGAAGUCUCAACAAAGGCUAUGUCGAACGGACACAACUUAAGAAUGCAAUACCUGAGAUUGCUGCCUGUAUUUUGACGACAACUUUUCAUAUGGUCGUUGGAUUAGGUAUGGCUUAUUCAGCUAUUUUAAUUCCUCGUUUAGAAGAAGGCGCUUUAGGUCCUAAAGCUACAAAAAUGGAAACUUCAUGGACAGCUAGUAUAAUUGUGGUAGCUGUACCAAUAGGUUCUUUAAUAGUUGGUUUUUUAAUGGAAGCGUUUGGUCGUAUUCGAACUCUUCAAUUAGGUGCAAUACCCUGUAUAAUAGGUUGGAUUCUAAUAGCAAAUGCCCAAAAUAUCCCUAUGAUAUUGGUUGGACGUUUCUUAACAGGAAUAGCCAUACCAACGGCAACCUCACCUUCAAUAGUUUAUAUAACAGAAGUAGGAUCACCAGAUCUUCGUGGUUCAUUAAUGUCAUUUGGUCCCACAUUAGCAUCAUUUGGAAUGUUAUUAUCAUACUUAAAGGGUGCUUAUUUACCAUGGAGACUGGUGGCAUGGUUGGCAACUAUUUAUGCAAUAGUACCAAUAUUUUUAGUACAAUUUUUUGUUCCGGAAUCCCCGGUCUGGUUAGUAUCAAAAGGCCGUAUUGAUGAUGCUAAAAAAUCUCUUGCGCGACUUUAUAAAUCUGAAGAAAAAGAAUUUGGAAAAAUGUCAGUAGCAGAACAAGCAUUUACAACUAUUAUGAAAGAAAAUGAAAUAAAAUUAAGUGAACAAAGAAGAAGCAAACGAGGAAAUUUAUCAACAAAACUUCGUGCUUUCUUAAAACCAACUGGAUGGAAACCAAUGCUUAUUCUUUUUCUUUUCUUUUUGGUCCAACAAUUUUCUGGUAUUUACAUCACCUUGUUUUAUGCUGUUACAUGGUUCCAGGAAGUCAAAGCUGGUGUCGAUGAAUAUGUAGCAUCUAUUUUAGUCGGUCUUACUCGUUUCUUAUGUUCAAUGGUCAAUACAUGGCUUUUGAGACGAUACAAAAGACGCCCACUCUGUAUAAUUUCAUCUUUAGGAAUGGCUAUUUGUAUGUCAGUAUCGGGGUACUUUACAUUACAAAUUAAAAAUGGUAGUACCAGCGGUAACUGGGUACCCGUAUUAGGUCUUCUGCUUUAUGUCUGUACUUCAAUGAUUGGAAUGCUUACUAUUCCAUGGACAAUGACCGCUGAAUUAUUUCCAUCGGAAAUUCGUGGAGUCGCACAAUCUUUCAGUUACGGAAUGGCUAAUGCUCUGAUGUUUGCAGCAGUUCAAAGUUAUCGAGAUUUAUCAGCAUUCUUAGGAGGUUCUCACGCAAUUCAGUGGUUCUUUGCCGGUGUUUCUGUUGGUGCUGCAAUAUUCGUUUGGCUUUUACUUCCUGAAACGCAUGGUAAAAAAUUGUCAGAAAUCGAAGAAUAUUUCCACAACAACUUCAUCGCGGCUGGUGCUGAUGCUAAAGCUCGAAAAAGACGAGCUAAAAGACGCGCAGAACAAAAAGCUCAGGCUCAAGCUAGUGUGCCAUUAAAUCCCAAUCCAAAGAGAGCUGAACCGGUUUAGAAAAAACAAAUAUUCAAAUUAUUUAAUUUUAUUUUUAUUUAUACUUAAAAUUUUUUAAAACAUUGAUCCAUUUUUUACAUUUUUUGUUUAUUCAAACGCAUCAUUACAUUUAAUAAAUUUUUUUAUUCAAUCAUUGAUUUGAAGAACUUAAGUAAGGAUUUUUACUAAGCAACAAAUUGUAGGGAAAUUUACAAAUUUUUACUAAUAAUUGAUAGUUGAUAAAAAAAAAUUAUACAAAUAUAAUUUAUAACAAUUGUGCUUUGAUAAGACAAACAAAAAAAUAAAAAGUAUUUAAAAAAAUGAUAAAAGAUAACAAAUAUAUGAGAAUCAUUGAAGAAUUUUUGAGCUUUCUGUGGGGCUUGCUAACUUUAAAAAAUAUUUUUUCAAUCGUAAUUUUUAAAUAUAUAUUUUUGAGUAAUUUUAUGCAAGUGGCCUUGAUAAAUUAUAUAAUUUUUUUUCUUAUAAUAAUUAUAGAAAACGAAAUAAUAAAUUAUAAUUACUUAAUAAUUUAGUAAAUCAAGGGUCAAGUUUUUCAA